AUGUCUGACCUGAAUAACUACACUGUCGGUUGGAUAUGCGCGAUACUUCCGGAAUACGUCGCUGCACAGGCCUUUCUCGACGAAAAGCACGACGCACCGGGAUAUGUCUCACCGCACGAUAACAACGAUUAUACUCUGGGAAGGAUUGGAAAACACAAUGUGGCAAUCGCAGUCCUUCCCUGUGGCGAAUAUGGGUCAGCAUCUGCCGCGAGCGUCGCGAGAGACAUGCUGCACAGUUUUCCCAACAUCAGGAUUGGCCUCCUGGUUGGAAUUGGUGGCGGUGCUCCCAGCCCAAAGCAUGACAUUCGUCUUGGCGACGUCGUAGUGGGUGUCUCUAGCAACGGGAAUGGAAGUGUUUUCCAGUAUGACUACGGCGAAACUCUACAGGCACAGGGUCAAAACUUUCAAAAGAUGAUAUUUUUGAAUAAGCCACCGUUGGUUCUCCUUUCAGCUGUGAAUGGGCUUAUGGCAGAGCACGAAUGUGAGGGGAACCAGCUUGCGGAAGCUGUUAGCAGUGUACUUGAUGGAAAGAAGAAGCUGCACAAAGAGGAAGGCUGUGCCAUUGCCUGUGGUGACGAUCCACUGAAUGUUGUUAAUCGACCUGAACGAACCGACGAAGAAGACGAUCCAGCAAUCCAUUACGGCUUAAUAGCCUCAGCGAACCAACUCAUGAAAGAUGCAAUUCUUCGGGAUAAACUUGUCGCUAACAGGGGCGUCCUUUGCUUUGAAAUGGAAGCCGCUGGUCUUAUGAAUCAUUUUCCAUGCCUUGUUAUCCGUGGCAUCUGCGACUAUUCAGAUUCGCACAAAAAUGAUAAAUGGCAGGGUUAUGCGGCUAUGACCGCUGCAGCAUAUGCAAGAGCUCUUCUCUAUCGAAUAGCUUUAAGCAAAUUGGCAGCUGAGAUUACAAUUAAAGACAGACUGUCAGAUCUCGUCGAUAUCUCAGAGCAGCAUCUAGCGGCCGCCAAAGAGAAUGUACAAAUUCAAAAAGACUUUGCUAAAGAGCGGCUGACUGAAAAGUCGCUCUGGGAAGUCUUGCGAAACGCUGUCAAUGAUAUACAGACUGGGCCUAUUAUAAUAGUCCUUGAUGCCCUGGAUAAAUGUCUUGCAUCGGAAUUCGAGAAUCUGAUGAAACAUAUCGAGAUCCAAUUUUCAGAAACGCAUCAAGUUCAGGGCAAGCUGAAGUAUCUUCUCACAUGCCGCCCAUAUGAUCAAAUCGUUUCCAGAUUUCAAUAUUUAAGGGAUUCUUUUCCAAAUAUUCAUAUACCAGGAGAGGAAGAAUCAGACACCAUUAGUCAAGAGAUUAAUUGUGUGAUCACCUACCGUGCUAAGCGGUUAUCUAUAAAGAACAACCUGCCGUCUGAAAUUGAAAACUAUUUAGAGUUUAGGCUAGGGAACACUCCUCAUCGCACCUACCUCUGGGUAUUUUUAAUAUUCGAUUACUUGGACAAAGAAAUCUUCAAAAAGACUCAGAAAGAAGUCGAAUCUAUUAUUACAACGCUUCCGAAAAGCAUUAAUGAAGCAUAUGAGCAAAUACUUAACAAGUCCAAAGACCACCCGAUGGUUCGAAAAGCUCUAAGUAUUAUCUUGGUGGCUAGUCGGCCACUGACUCUAUCAGAAAUGAACGUGGCCGUGAGCAUGGAUGAUACUAUACAUAACUUCAAUGAUCUUGACUUAGAGCAAGAGCGAUCUUUCGAAUCACGCCUAAGAACCUGGUGCGGAUUAUUUAUCACAAUAUACCAUGGAAAGAUCUAUUUCCUUCAUCAGACGGCCCGUGAUUUUCUUCUCGCAGAUAGGGCAUCGUCUAGAUCCAUUACCCCCAGCUUACGAUGGAGAAACUCGAUCACAAUUCGCGACGCGCAAACCGUUCUUGCAGAUAUCUGCGUGCUCUAUCUUGGCCUAUUCAACUCGCCAGAUAUUAUGGGGGAGGGCGAUCAACCUCGUGGCACACACGCAUUCUUAGAGUAUUCGGCGAAAAAUUGGAACAUCCAUCUUCGCGAAUCUCAUAUUAUGAACAGUAGUGCUAUUCUGUCAUCCGUUCUCAAGAUAUGUGACGCGAAUUCAAAGAGCUAUUCAGCGUGGUUUGACCUCUUUUGGCAGACCACAGGUCUGCAACCUACUGAACAUUUUACCGAUCUCAUGAUAGCUUCUUAUUGUGGUCAUACUAUCGUUGCCAAGCUGUGUCUAGAGAACGGAGCUGAUAUUGAGGCGAGAGAUACUGUACAUACUAGGACACCGCUGUUAUGGGCCGCCACUGGGGGGCAAGACGACGUCGUUAAGCUACUGAUUGAGAAGGGAGCUGAUGUUAAUGCAAAUGAACAUGGCCGUACGCCAUUAUUAUGGGCUGCUAAGCAGGGGUACGACGCCACUGUUAGGCUACUGCUUGAGGCGAAAGCGGAUAUUGAGGUAAAAGAUACCUCGUACGGUCAAACACCCCUACUAUGGGCUGCUAAAUCUGGGCAUGAAGCUGUUGUUAAACUAUUGCUCGAGAAUAAAGCCAAAACUGAAUCAAGAGAUGCUACAUUUGGUCAGACACCGCUAAUGUGGGCUGUGGAGAAUGGAUAUGAUGCCAUUGCAAGACUUCUUCUUGAAAGUGGAGCGGAUAUUGAAGCAAAAGAUAACAUCUACGGCCGGACAUCAGUAUUACUAGCCACUAGUAGUGGCCGUGAUACUACCAUCAAACUAUUGGUGCAAAAUGGAGCAGACCUCGAAGCAAAAAAUAAGGGUGGUUGGACACCACUAACAUGGGCUGCGGCGAGAGGGCAGGCAAGGAUCGUUAAGCUUUUACUUGAGCACGGCGCUCAUAUUCAAGCAGAAGACAGAAAGUGUCAAUCGAUGCUACUGUGGACUGUGAAAGAGGGACACGAGGAUAUUGCUAGGGCACUACUGAAACAGGGAGUUGGUGUAAAUGUGGAGACAAUUAUGGGCAGACACCACUGCUACUUGCUCUUGAAUCGAAGAGUCCAGCGGUCGUUGAGCUGUUGUUAA